AUCCAAAAAAGACAACCACUAAACCACACGAGGUCACCACUAAACCAUGCGAGGCCACCACUAAACUACACGAGACUACUAAACCACACGAGGCCACUAAACCACGCGAGACUACUAAACCACACGAGGCCACCACUAAACCUCAUAAGACUACUAAACCGCGCGAGGUCAUCACUAAACCACACGAGGCCACCACCAAACGUGCCACUAAACCAUACACAACUCAUGUUACCACUAAAACUCAUAUUACCACCACCUUUACUACCACAAUCAUCACUGUCAAUGGAACAUGCGCAACUACACCUCCUCCCACUACACCUAUUCCGGGUGGAUGCAUCGUUUCAAAUUUUGCAACUAUUCAAAUCUUUUGCUGUAAUGGUCCACAUUGCGACCCCAAGACAAAUUUAUGCCUUAAUUCAUGUGUUCCAGCAGGCUUCCAUCCAAACGAUGGUCCUUGUGGUCAUGAUAAUUCUACUGUUCUAGAAUGUUGUAGUCUU